UCCAUGGCACCGAGGCCGCAGGGGCUGCGGGGUCGAGGGGGUCCGCAGGGUUUCCGUCACUCGCGGAGGAGCAGGGUCGUGGAUCCCAGUGGCCUAAGCAGCGCCUCGGCUGCACCCUGGCCACCACUCCUCCUGCGCUCUCCGGAGCCCGGGAUGCCUGGAGGGGCCCCGCUGCUGCCCAGCCCUCCGCCAGGAGACCCGCCUCGCCAGCCUGGCUCCGGAGCCCCGCGCACCAACUUCUGUCCCGCCAGCCCAACUUCUGCUGCGGGCUCGGACCGGCGGAGCCGGAGCGGCUCCCGGAGCUCCGCUGGGUGCCCGGAGCAGCUCCGCCCCGCGGGGAUGCUGACCCCGCGGCUGUGGCUCUGGUGCUGGUGGUGCACCUGGGUGGCUGCCGGCUGGCCUCCGGGCAGCGCUCUGCAGCUCCGGCCAGACAUGCCUAAUGUGUGUGAAGAGCAGCAGCUGACCGUGGUGGGACUUCCACGCCCCUGUGUGCGAGCAUUCACACACACUGUCAAGCUCUGGAAGCAGGGCUGUGCUGGCCCAAGAUGGUGUGUGGGUUAUGAAAGAAGGACCCGGUACUACACCGUGUACAGACAGGCAUACGGCGUGGAGCAGCAGACCGUCUACAGGUGCUGCCCUGGUUGGCACCGCCAGGACGAUGAACCUGGUUGCCUACUCGCUGUCUCUGCAGUGGCAACAUGUUUCCAUGGAAGGAGAUGCUCAGACAGUGAGGGCCAGCCAUGCCAGUGUUCCCAGGGUUUUCAGGGACCCCGUUGCCAAUAUGAUAUAAAUGAAUGUGCCAUUGACAAUGGUGGCUGUCAGAACCAAUGCUGCAAUACAAUUGGCAGUUAUUACUGCAAGUGUCUGGCUGGCCAGAAGCUGGAGGAAGAUGGCAGAGGAUGUGAAGAUAUCGAUGAAUGUACGGUGGUGAAUGGAGGCUGCCAGCAGCGCUGUAUUAACACUCUGGGCACCUUCCACUGUGAAUGUGAUACGGGAUACAGACUCCAUGCUGAUGAACGCACCUGCAUAAAGAUGGACCCCUGCACAGGUGCGAAUGGAUGUGCCCACAUCUGUCAGAGUGAGAAUGGAGUGGCCAGGUGUGCCUGUCACCCAGGCUACCAGCUGUCUGAAGACAAAAAGGCCUGCAGAGACAUAAAUGAGUGUGCAGAAGGGCUUGCUCACUGUGGCCAUCGCUGUGUGAACUCAGUGGGAUCUUUCACUUGUGCCUGUCACCCUGGCUCUGAGCUGGGAGCUGAUGGAAAACGGUGUUACAGGAUUGAAUUGGAAAUUGUCAAUAGCUGUGAAAAGAACAAUGGUGGUUGUUCACAUCACUGUGAACAUGAACUUGGAGGGCCCCAUUGUUCCUGUAACCAUGGACACCAGCUUGAUUCAGAUGAGAAAACAUGCAUAGACCUCGAUGAAUGUGAGAAUGGAGAAGCCUGCUGUGCCCAGCUCUGCAUCAACUAUUUGGGAGGCUAUGAAUGCAGCUGUGAGGAAGGCUUUCAGAUCAGUUCAGAUGGCUGUGGGUGUGAUGAUGUGGACGAGUGUCUGGAUACCAGCAUAGUCUGUGAUCAAAUAUGUAUUAACUCUGUGGGAACAUACCACUGUGCAUGUGAGGAAGGCUACAGAAUUGGAAGUGAUGGAAAAACUUGCAUCUCUUUAGAUGAUGAUGAGCUAGAGGAAGGAGAAGAGGAAUUAGAAGUCGUGAGGUUCGCAGGCCUGCUGUUCAAGAGCCCGCCUAGACUGCUUCAUUAUAUUGCUCCCUCUCUGCCUCCCACCUACCAAGAUGAAGAAGGUGAGGACAAAGUGGGAAAAGAUAUUCGAGGAGAACUAGCUCUAUUGCCCAAAGUUGUCUGUGUAGAUCACACCUUUGGACAUGAUUGCAGUUUGAGCUGUGAGGACUGCAUGAAUGGAGGCCGGUGCCAGGAGGGAAAGCCUGGGUGCUCCUGCCCAGCUGGCUGGGGUGGCAUUCUUUGCAAUGAAACUUGUUCCCCCGAGACCAGUGAGGAAAAAUGUGGAAGCGCCUGUGAUUGUCAGAAUGGAGGCACCUGUGAUCCUCUAACUGGGCAGUGCCAGUGCCCCCCAGGGGUGCAUGGGAAAACCUGUGAACAUGGAUGCCCUAAAGGACUCUUCGGGAAGAACUGCAAAAGGAAGUGUAACUGCGCCAACAAUGGCCAUUGCCACAGAGUGCACGGUGCCUGUGUGUGUGAGCCAGGGCGCUACGGGAGGUUUUGUCACCUGAACUGUCCCAAGGGGGCCUAUGGGGCUGGCUGCUCUUCAGAAUGUCAGUGUGUGGAGGAGAACACCCUGGAAUGCAGCGCCAAAAAUGGCAGUUGCACCUGCAAAUCUGGUUACCACGGCAACAGAUGCCAGAAAGCUUGCCCUGAUGGCCCCUGGGGACCAGAGUGCCAGGUCUCCUGUGGACCCUGUGAGAAUGGAGGUCAAUGCAACAAAAAAACUGGAACCUGUGACUGUCCUCCUGGUUACACAGGAAAAGACUGCACCACACUUUGUCCACCAGGCACAUAUGGGAAGGACUGUAAACAGGUAUGUCAGUGUUCAGCCGAGAAAGAGGACUGUCACCCAGUCACGGGGAGAUGUACCUGUCUGCCCGGCUACCAUGGUAACCGCUGUCAUCUCCAAUGUCCAAAAGGCACUUAUGGUCCCUAUUGCAAAAGGACUUGUAAGUGCUUGAAUGGUGGGAACUGUGACACCAUGACUGGCACCUGUGACUGCCCUCCCGGCUUCAUUGGGGCUGACUGCAGUCAAACUUGUCCUGCCGAUCACUACGGGAUGGACUGUGUCCAGCGGUGUUCCUGUGGCCCAGGACAGUGUAACCCUGUGACUGGAGAGUGCCACUGCUCGCCUGGCCACAUGGGAGCCAAGUGUCAGCAAGAAUGUCCCCAGACAAGAUAUGGCCCGAAUUGUGAGCUACUGUGUAGCUGUAAAAACGGUGGCCUUUGCAAUCCUGUAGAUGGAAGCUGUUCUUGCGGCCACGGAUGGACAGGAAAUUAUUGUGAAGAAAAAUGUUCCCCUGGAUAUUUUGGCCCAGGCUGCACUUUUAAUUGCACCUGUCGGAACAGUGGAGUUUGCAACAGGUUUUCUGGAAGCUGUGAGUGCCUCCAAGGUUACUAUGGAAGAGACUGUGAACAUGCAUGCCUUCCUGGAUUUUAUGGUUUGAAUUGUGCGCACAUCUGUGACUGCAGAAAUGGAGCCAGUUGCGAUCCAAUGAGUGGACAGUGCAUUUGCCCAGCAGGUUUCCAUGGCAGCCAAUGUGAAAAAGAGUGUUCACCUGGGAUGUUUGGAGACAAUUGCCACCAUUUUUGUGACUGUGAAAGCAAAAUCUCCUGCCACCCGGUAACUGGAAAGUGCCUCUGUCCACCUGGGAGAGCCGGAGCCAGAUGUGAAGCUGAAUGCAGGCCAGGCCAAUACGGACCUAACUGUUCUCUGAUGUGCCAGUGUGCCCACGGGGCUCCGUGCAACCCGCUCAACGGGAGCUGUACUUGCCCCUCAAAGAGAAUGGGUCCAACCUGUGAGGAAAACGUUUUGGAUGAUGGUCAAUAACGGAACGCUAGCAGCUUUUCAGUGGGUGGACAGAAUUUCGCCAAGGCUCACCCACAGUUUAUCAUCUUCACUUUUGGCAGGGAAAUGCAUUUACUCAACCAUCUUCAGCCCAGCCUCUCCUGUUGUGAGUGAAAAACGAUGUCUCCAAUUUAUGACCCUCAAGCAGAAGUUCCAUUUUCCAGCCUACCCUUCCCAACUUUCUUCUGCUGAAGAACAUGCCCAAGAAAGAGAGAAUAUUUUUUCAAGAUCCCAAUUGUAGUAACAUUUUGGACUAAUAAGCGAAACUCUUUUUUAUAUGCACAGGCGGUAUUUAAAUUUGGAAGUCAAAAAUGCCUCUCAGUUCAGCUUGGACUGCACUGAAAUAUUCACACCUAGUCACUGAAGACCUCCGUGGUCAUUAAGUAGCUGGAUCCUCUUUAGAAAUGUCUAGAAUUUCAUCGAUUUAUUCUUAGUAUCCUGCUCCACAGCUGAGCCUGCUUCAGGUUGUUAUGGUAUUGUAUUUCGAACAUGACUUUUGGUGUGGGAGACUAUUAAGGCUUUAGCCACUUAUAGAUCUGGGUAAAAAGUCUGAUGGGCACACUUACAAUGAAUCAACAGCAUGUUUAGUGGUGGUCUCCUCAUCACUGGUCAGCAGACAGGAAAAAAGUAAGUAAAAAUGAUCAAGGUGAGUGCUUAGCCUGCUCUGGGGAAAACACAUUUCCAAUAGAGUAGGGCCUGACCACAGCCAGGCUUUUACUCCACAUUGGUAAUUUUGAUCCAAAUUGCUUACCAUUAGGUCAGCUUUGCAGAUAUUUGUAAGCACGACCACUGUGAUGAGCCCAGGAAAGAUGUGGCAAUAAAUAUAAUCAUAUUUUUGUUCUCAGGCAGUUUAAAAGCCUUUAAAGGUUCAGGCUACUGGUUAAUUAACAUUAGAUAAUAAUAAUUUUUAUUGGAAAUGUUACUUAUGUAACUCAUGCUUUAUUGAGAUAACAAUAAAUAAUAUUAAAUUAUAUGAUUAAUGGAUAUUGUCUAGAAUAGUUUUUAAAUAAAAACUGAUUUAGGAUAGAAAUGACUAAAGGACUUAUGAAAAAUAAUUGGGGUUAUCAAUUCAGUAUAGCUUCUGAUUUUUACUUAACAAUUAUCUUCCUAUAUUCAGCACAUUUAACAGAAAUAUAGCAUACGUAUAAUAGACAGCCAUGACAAAUUUCAUGUCAUUAAAUGAUGUAAAGAGCUUGAUUAUAUAACCUCUUGAGAGGUUUUAAAUUUGGUUUUAUUUUAAAAGAGUCAAAAUCAACUUAUCCCCCCCUUCAUCUACAUUAUUGGGAAUUAUAAAUUUAUGUUUAUGUUUAAUUCAUUUUAACUUGUUUUUAU